AUGGGAGGCACGUCAUCAAAAUCUCGAAAGAACAAAGCAAACGAGUUAUUAAGUUACAAGCCGGAUGUUAAAGAUGAAAACCCAUUUGCAAUAUACUAUAUGGCAUUAAAUACAGGCGAUGUUGAUAUAAUGCAUUUAGUUCAUUUUUAUUAUAAAUAUAUAUGGCAGGGUUGUUUUUCUGUUCCAUUAGAAGCAAAAUUAAUAGAAGGAGAUGUCAAAGUAUUAGAUGUUGGCUGCGGUGCGGGAACGUGGCUGUUGGAUUUGUCAACUCAAUACAUGAAUAGUAAAUUCGUUGGUAUUGAUAUAAUGCCAAUAUUUCCAGUUGAGAUAAAACCAGAGAAUCUUGAAUUUAUCGAAGGAGACGUGUUAAACGGUUUGCCUUUUGAUGACAAUACAUUUGACUUCGUUCAUCAAGAAACAAUGGGAUUGUCGUGGACAAAAGACAAUUGGCCAUUUGUUAUAUCUGAAUAUAUAAGGGUAACGAAACCAGGUGGUUAUAUACAAUUUAGUGAUCCUGAUGUAGUUACUUACGGUCCUAUACUAGGUAAAUUCUUUGAAUCAAUGAGAGAUGUGUGUAAGCUAAGAAACGUUGACGGACAUUACAUAAAAACGUUGGAUAAGGUAUUAGAAAAUUAUGAUGAAAUAACAAACGUAUGUAAAGAUACAAGAGAUGCGAUCAUGUGUGACGCGUUUGGUGGUAAGGUGGGUAAUGUAUGGUACGAUAUAAAUCAUAUGGUUUUUACUAAAGAUGAGAUUGCCGAAGGAUUAUCUGCGUUUAUGAAUAUUACUAAAGAGGAAUAUUUUGAACUGUGGAGUAAAGUUGAACAAGAAGCAAAAGAAUCUAGAUCGGUCACUCUAUUACACAGGAUUUCGUGUCAAAAGAAAUAUCGAUAG